CAUACUUAGGUCUUUAAGCUCAAAAUUUUUCCAUGAACAAUUCGUUUUUUUCUAUUUCUGCCUUUUUGAUAGUGUCUGAAAGUUGAAAAUUCAUCUUAAUGAGAGGGUAAAAAUAACACUUUCCUAUUUGUAUUAACAAUUUAAAAAGUUUUAUUUCUUAUACAAUAAAUAUAAUUUGAUGUGAACAGUGCUCAAUAAUAAUUAUGGGUCCAUUGCACUCAUUUAUAAUUCUACCAAGAAAAAUAAAGUAAAAGUCGUCCAAUUCCGGUGUGCCUUCUUCAAUGCAGUUUGUUUUUUUAACGUAUUUUUCACUCUCGUUUCUUUGUUUCGCUUUCUGAAUCGAAACCUUGUUUUUGUCACUCAUCAUCGUAUUCUAAUUCUUUCUGGUUCUUUUUUGUCAAAAUUUUCCCUUUUAAUUAAAGAAGCUGGCUUUUUGGGAUAUUUGGAGUGUCGUUGAUCAAAGUCUCCAGCUUCUAAAAUGCAGAAUUCUGAUCAGGAAAGGCAAGAUCAAAGAUAAAUUGGAGAGUUAUCUGUUGGAAUUGGAUUGAUCAGGAACUGAAAGGACAGUCAUUGGGUACAUCAUUAUUUCUUGAUUGGGUUGGGGAUGCUUCUCUUUACAAAAUUUACGAGCAAAACAACAUAAGAAAGCAUGAGAACUGCUUUGGGUGAUCCAAAUUCUACUUUUGAAGCUAUGGUGACUGCUAAUGGAGCUAAUUUUAGAGGUUUUAGAUGCAGAUUUAAUUUUAGUUGGUGACAAAGUUUCCCAAUAUCUAGGGUAUUAUUUCAAAUGUACCUAAAACACGCCCUUGUUUUGUCAGGAAAACUUGCAACGUGGAGGAUUCCACAAUGACCAUUGAAUUCCUUCGAGCACGUUUACUGUCUGAACGAUCUGUCUCCAAAAGUGCAAGACAGAGAGCUGAUGAACUGGCAAGAAGGGUAGCUGAACUGGAGGAACAACUAAAAAUUGUAUUUGUCCAAAGGAGGAGGGCUGAAAAGGCAACAGCAGAUGUUCUUGCCAUUUUGGAGAAUCAUGGAGUAAGUGAUAUAUCUGAGGACCUUGAUUCAAGCUCUGAUCAGGAUGCACCUUUUGAAUCCAACAUGGAUAAUGGUUCUACUAAAGAAGAGGAGAGCUUUGUCAAUUCAAAAGUGAGAAGAAAAAAGUCAGAGGAACUCUCAGGUUCUGACCUUGAAUUUUCACCAGUAUCUGUUAGAAGCUUGUCCUGGAAAGGCCGCAAGAGUGCUUCUCAGUCUCCUGAAAAGUAUAAAGAUUCCCUUGUGAGAAGGUGCAAUAGUUUUGCGUUGAAGGGUUUUUCGUACCCAAAACACCGCCAGGUUAAAUCAUGCAGGCAGACAAGACGUAGGGAAUCAAGAUUAGUAGGAGAGGAGCUUAAAUCAGACAAUAUCAAGGUUGAUCCACGAGUAAAUGGAUUUGUAAGCUCUUCAGAAGUUAAUAUCAAUCACUUUGAAAGUGAGCCUGAUAUCUUGCCAAUGCAUUCUGAAGUGUGUGAGAAUAAAAGCUUAAUGGACAAUCUACAUUCAGAUGCCUUAAAAGAUGAAAGAAAUGUAACUGGUUAUGAUCUUGGUUUUCAUGGGUAUGAAGGAGAGAAAGACAUGCAAAAGGCACUAGAACAUCAAGCACAACUUAAUGGCCAUUAUGAGGAAAUGGAAAGGGCCCAAAGAGAAUGGGAAGAGAAGUUCAGAGAAAAUAACAAUGGUACACCGGAUUCAUGUGAUCCUGGGAACCUCUCAGAUGUCACUGAGGAAAGAGAUGAGAUCAAGACACAAGCUCAAUAUGUAUCUGGGACAGCUAGCUCACAAGUCCAAGUGGCAGAGGGAGAACACAUUUGCUUCUCUGGAGAAUUACCCAAAAUGCACUCCAAUGAUCUUGUGCCACCUUCACAGGGUGAUAUGAAUCAGUUAGAGGAUCGGAGGUUUAGCAGCUCCCUUUCUCCUGAAUCUCUAAAUCCUAAAUGUCAAAAGUUUAUAAUUCCCAUGGCAAAGGAAAAUCAUUAUCAGGAGAGUCUGCAGAGCAACCAUUCCUCAUUAGAUAGCUUCCAUCAAUUUGCACAUACUCAUGGUUCACCUGGGAACCAAGCAGUGCUACUCUUUUCAUCUGAUAUGGGCAGUAGUUCACAUAGAGAGCCUCCCGGAAACAGAAAUGAGCUGCAUGCAUUGGUGCCACAUGAAAUGUCUAGCAGGUUUUCUGGUGUGCUGGAUGCACUUAAACAAGCUAGGCUGUCAUUACAACAGAAAAUGAAUACAUUGCCACUGAUAGAAGGUGCAUCUGGAGGAAAAGCUAUUAACCCUCCUGUUUCUGGAAGGAAAGUUGGGCAUAAGGUAGAGAUUCCUGUUGGAUGCCCUGGACUCUUCAGGGUACCAACUGACUUUUCAGUAGAGCCCUCUAAAGUGAACUUUCUGGGUUCAGAUUUGCAGUUGAGUUUGGCAAACUAUUCCCCUGAUGCAGGAGUUGCACCUACUGCUAGCAACCAUCUUCUAAGCACCUCUUAUAUGAACAUCAAGUCAAGUAGUUCUAGUAAUUAUCAGCCACUCGCUAGUGAUCGGUUUUUCAGUAGCCCAUACAUGGAUACUAGAUCCAGUUUUCCUACAGUCCCAACUGCAAAUUCAUCUGGUUUUAUAAAUGCUGAUCAAAUUCUCACUGGCCGAUAUGCAGAGACGGGGUCAAGAAUAUCCAGUCAGAAACCUUGUUUUGAUAACUUGGAACAUGGCCUACCCUCAUCCAGUCUGCAGAGUUAUCCCACAUUCCCCUCCUAUCCUGACCUAGUGCCACAGAUACCCACUAAAGAUGGAUUUCCUGCCUUCCGUACAACCAGAUCAGUUGGGGUACGUCCUGAUCAGUUUUCUUUUUAUGAUAACCAUUUUAGACCAGACACCCAUACAUUGUAGCACAACUACGUACUUACAUUGCAUCUUAUUGAAGAAAAGAUGCUUGUUUCACAUUAAGAUGUUGGCCUUGUGAUAUCUUUUGGAAGGCCAAUUCUGUAUCACUAUCUCUUCAUGUUCUCGAUAGUAGUUAAGGGAGAUAGAGUUUGCAAAGAGAUGCAACUGUAUUCAUAUACGUAUUAUGUCAUUAAUACUCUUGUUUAAAUAAAUACUAUUGUACUAAUAAACUUGUAUAUUGCUCUGAUCAGAUUCGUUUCUCCCUUUG